AUGGUCUAUGACAUGCCUGAAACGCAACUGAGUGUUAUAGCUGGCACUGGUUGUCCAGGACCAACAUUAAAUAUGCUUGAUCAUCCUCAUGGAAUCUUUGUAGAUGGUCAUUUCAAUCUAUUUGUUGCGGACACAAACAACAAUCGAAUGCAGCGUUUUGCAAUCGAUCAACAGGUCGCAGUGACUUUUGCAGGCGAAUCGGGAUCAACGGCUGGUCAGCUGAACAGCUCGCACAUGAUGGCUUUUAAAAUAUAUGAGAAUAUCUUCGUAGCGGAUAUGAAUAACGGUAGAAUUCAAAGAUUUAGUCUAAGUCGAAGUUCAUGUGGUAAGCAGAAAUACGAGUUUCAUUCAUCUCCAUCUGAUCCACAACGGAUCCUCACAACAAUGAUAUACGAUUCUUCACCACUCAUGGAAGAACAAGUAAAUCAAUCGAUGAUCUUGGGAAAAUGUACAGUAGGAUAUGUUACUGGACGUUCAGGUGAUCGUGUCAAUCAACUACAAUUUCAUUGCCGUCGUAGCAAAAUGAACAUGUAUCCUUACUCUGCUUAUUCGGACUCUAUUUUCGAAUCUUAUUACGACAAGAGUGAAGUUCAAGCGCCGCCACUUCAUCGUACUCCACACUGUGUUUAUACAGUCAGUGAGUGUGAAGAGCCAGUUCAAGUGGUGACUAUUGAUGCCUGUCCGAUUGUCAAAACACGAGUCGUUACAACAACACGCAAAGUGGUCUACACGUCGCCUUAUCAAAUUUUUAUCUGA